AUGAGCCUAGACGGUUUUAGGAUUGUUAGAAUUGCUAGGCUUAGUAUCAUCCCCUUCAGCACAGGAGAUUCCGCGAGGCCGUGGCGGAAGGCUGGCCGUGGCAGCAGAGCUGGUGGUAGAGCUGGAGGCCGAGCAGGCCGAGGUCGUGGUCGUGGACUUCCGGAGGAGUCGGGAGAGAGUGUCGGCACCGAGUGUGCAUACUGCGUCGGUGACCCAGUCAGUUCCGUUGGCGGUGAUGCCAGUGCCAGUGUUGGUUUGGGAGCGGGGGCUGCUCCGGGUGGGGGUGGCGCUCCGGCUCCGGGUCGUGAUGACUUAGUGGUGGGGUUGCUGACGCAGCUGUUGGCUCGUUUUCCGCCGGUGGUUCCACAGGGGGCUCCAGGAGUACCGCCAGUGGCAGAGGUGCAGCAUGUUGCUGCAGAGGUUGCGCAGCCGGGGCUGCAGAUGCCGUUAUUUGGAGUUUAUGGGCCACAUGCAGAGAUUGGUACGCCUUUCUUCGAGGGCAGAGUUGGUCCGGAGGAGGCAGACGCGUGGCGUCAGAGAGUGGAGCGGAACUUUCAUUCGAUCCGUUGUCCGAUAGAGUACUGGGUGGAGUUAGCGGUCCACUAUUUGAGUGGCGAUGCUCAUUUGUGGUGGCAGGCCGCGGUGGGCCGGAGGGCAUUUUGGACUUGGGGCGACUUCCUUGUGGAGUUCAACGCCAAGUAUUUCCCGAGGCAGGCUCGUGAUCGUCUUCAGAUGCGGUUUAUGGCAUUGAGCAGGGUUCGCGUUCUGUACGCGAGUAUGAUGCGGAGUUCAGCCGUCUGUUAG